AUGUCGGUGACACUAAUAUCAAACGCUCGUAUUUUUGAUGGUGUCUCAGUCAUAUCAGAGCACGGUCACGUCCUUGUUGAGUCUGGUCGUAUUUCACAAAUUUCCCUUCGAGAGCCUUUGUCGCCGCCCGCAGACUGUGCGGUUGUCGAUGCCAGUGGUUGUACAUUAUUGCCUGGUUUGAUUGAUGCCCAUGUGCACGUUUUCCGUGACGUCCAGCUCCUUGAGACUGCCAUUCAGCAUGGUGUUACGACGGUCCUGGAUAUGCACAACGAGCGCGAAUGGUUCAAGGAGAUCAAUGCGAUAACAAACCAGCGUAACGAUGUGGCUGAUGUCAAGUCAUGUUGUUAUGGCGCGACAAUCAAAAAUGGCUGGCCGUCUGCCAUUGUUAGACUUGUUUCACAAGAACAAAAUCUGGAGGAUCGCAUCUCCAAGUGGCCCAAUCUCACAGACAAAAAGUCCAUCGAGGACUACAUUGCUCGUAAUAGAGCUGCAGGAGCUACCUUCACCAAACUCAUGCAAGAGGAUGGCCAUACCAUGACCUUGCCUUUUCCAGAGCGACCUGUCCCAACCCCAUCGCUGGAAAUGCAAAAAAUGAUUGUCGAUGCAUCCCACGAGAACGGCAUGCUGGCUGUUGCCCAUGCCCUAACCAAUCACUCCACUCUCCAUGUUCUACGCGCGGGUGUCGAUGGUUUGGCCCAUGCAUCUAUCGAACCAAUCAACGAGGAGAUUAUUCAAGCAUUUAAGAAGAAUAAUGCUUUUGUCAUUCCCACACUAGUCAUUCAUGCAUCUUCCAGUGGUGAGGAGCAGGAGACUCGAGACAGAUUUGCCAGUGGCCUACAAGGCCCAGAAAAGGAACAUCUGCUUGGAUGUCUCCACAUCACAUCAGAAAAGUUCUCUAUCAAGUCUGUGUAUGAACAGGUAUCUACUCUCAAGAAAGCGGGAAUUGACAUUCUCUGUGGAACCGAUACCUCUAUUGACCUCCCUGGUACUCGUGCUGGUGCUUCUGUACACCAUGAGCUUUGGAUGUAUGUGAAUCGGUGUGGCUUCACGCCCCUCGAAGCACUUGUCUCGGCAACUUCCAAGAUUGUAGAUCGUUUUGGCUUCCCGGACCGUGGUCUGAUCCAGGAGGGUCGACUCGCAGAUCUUGUACUUGUGGCUGGAAACCCGACAGAGUCGAUUGAGGCCAUAGGCAAUAUCAAGAUUGUGUGGAGAAACGGCGAGGCUGUAGUCAAAAACUGA